AUGGCUGAUGAAGAGCUCGUAGUUGUGGACGACGCAGGUGAGGAGCUGGUGCUCGUUGGCGCAGGACUCGGUGUCGAGGUUGUCGCUGAAGAUACAGAUGGCGCAGUGGUAAUGGCAGUGCUGGACACAGCCACCGUGGAAGAGGCCAAGGCACUAGAAGAAGUCGUGCUUGGGAGUGGGAGAGAGACACUUGUACUUGCUGCGAUAACAACUGCGCUGGUGGUACUCGAGGAGGUGGCUGCAGAGCUUGAGAAGGCUGGCGAACUCGUACUUGUCGGUACGGUUGCAACCGAAGUCGAGGACAGAGUCGACGCCGGAGGAUUUGGCGCAGAUGAUAAAGUGCUGAUGCUCGAUGUGGCGAUUGACGAGCCCAAGGCAGAUGAAAGGGUAGAGGCAAACACAACAACACUAGAAGCACUGGUGGAAACCACAGCGGGAGACGUACCAGAACUUGAAGCAAUACUUGAAAUGCUGGACGAGGAAGGCGUGGCGGAGCUUUGA